CUUGCGUAAAUUUUAAUUUAUAGUUUCAGACCGUUCUAAUAAGAAUGUUUAAUUGCAAGUACUGUUCUCAAGUGAUUGCAAACAUCGAGCUUGACAAUUACAAAUGCCAUCGUUGUUCUGCUGUUGCACAUCUUGCAUGCAUGAAUUGCAAGAAGCCUUCUCAACUGAAAGGUGAUUAUUUAUUUUCUUAUGAAUGCAAGGCUUGUAGCUAUGAAGGUUGUGAUUCUUUAAUACGAUUAAGACUUAGCUGGGUACAAGUUAUUCAUUUAGUUCUUUACAAUCUUACUGUGAGCGAAAGCGGAAGACAAGGAUAUUUUCGAUGGAAGGAGGAAAUUUGCCUAUUCAUCGAUCGUCAUUGGAAUUGCUUAAUGCACGAUCGUGCUAAAAGUAGUACUUGGGUUAAUACUGUUGCUGGUACACUAUCUGUGCAUAGUCAAAGGUUGUUCAAAUCUGGAUUGACAUUAUUUCGAGAAACUGGCUGGUGGGCUCUUCAAGAAAUAACACCAGCGUAUGCAAAUAUCGAGAAAUACUCACGUAUGCCAACUUCGCAGAAGCAGCAACCAAUUUCUUUCUCUGAGUUAGUUCACGAUUAUGGUCGUGGGAAACGCCAACGUAAAGCUGUUUUAGACGAAGUAAGCAAGAAAAACUCAAAAGAAGGAUUAAAGAACGUUAUAUUCAGUGAAAGAACUGAUUCAUCGUCGUUGUUAAAAUCAGAUUGGAAAAUUCCUAAGCUAAAAAUUAAAACAGAUAUGUUAUCUUCUUAUCCUUCUUCAUAUUUAAAAGAUGAGUUUUUGAAAUCAAAAGAUCAAACUCAAGUAUUGAUAAAGCAAGAGCCAAUAGAUCUUGAUGAGCAACUUUUGCCAAGUAUAAGUGAACCAUCGUCAGAAAUAUUUUCAGAACUAAAUGACUUUGUAAAUACUGAGGGAGACUUUGACUCAAAUUCUAAUAAUCUGUCAUCUGAUCAAUACAACCCGAUUUCGAAAUCAGUACAACAUUUGGUAAAGUGCGAAGAAGUUAAAUCAUCUGAAUCAGAAAUAAAAAACGAGCUAUUAAAAUCGGAAAAAGAUCUUCAAGCUCCUGUUUUCGAUAAACCUAUUUUGAUUGCAAAAGAAAGUCUAAAUCGUUCCAAGAAAACUAAGCCAAAGAAACUAAUUCCAUUAAGUUCAAAAGAAGAAAUUGAAUUUUUAAGUAGACUUAAUUCUUGUCAAUUAGUUUUGAAAUCCGAUGCAUCUGCUCGCAGAUUAAGGCGAAAAUUACUGCUAAGGAAACAAAAACGUGAAAUGGGUUUGGUGCUUUUUGAUUUAGACAAUUUGUUAAAAGAAAAUCUUUCCAAACUUGAUGUUCUGACACCUGCUUUAGAUGAAAGCUAUCAGGUUGAUCAGAAAUUUAAAACUAGCAAUAAUCAUAAAGAUGAAUUCUCAUACCAUCACCCUGCAUUAAAAGGGGUUAAUGUUUUAGAUAGAUACAUUAAACAUCGUUGCAUGAUCAAUCAUACCUCUACAUUUAAAAAUGUUUUUUCUCGUUUAAUUGGUAAUCCAGAUGAUAUUAGUGAUACUCAUUCAAUAACUAGUCCUUAUACGUCUCGUGUAUUAAAACCCUACAUCAGAAGGGAUUUCAAUGUAAUACCACCUAAACUCAAACUUCAUAAAGAAUUAUUUGAAAAAUGUGGCACAAAAUCGUUAUAUAAAAGUUAUCCAGUGGACUAUUGCUAUGUGCAGCCAAAACAUAUACCGGCUGUUAACGCUUUGUGCAGUGAUUUUUUUUGGCCUGGUAUAGAAUUAACGGAAUGCUUGCAAUAUCCAGAAUUCAGCUGCGUUGUUCAGUAUCGAAAACUUUUGAUUGGCUUUGCUUUCAUGGUACCCGAUGUAAAGUUAAAUGAAGCAUACAUCUCCUUUAUUUUUGUGCAUCCUGACUGGCAACGGGCCGGAAUAGCAACACAAAUGAUAUACCAUUUAAUACAAACAUGUAUGGGAAAAGACAUAACUCUCCAUGUUUCUCCAUCCAAUCCAUCGAUGGUCCUUUAUCAAAAGUUUGGCUUUAAGAUACAGGAGCUUGUUUUAGACUUUUACGAAAAAUAUCUUCCCGAAGAAACUCCAGGAAGCAAGCAUGCUUUUUUGAUGCGUUUGCAAAGGUGAUUUUUACGUUUACAUAUUAAAAAUAUGAGUUUUAUUUCAGCUUGUAUUAGUUUUUUAAUAGAGUUCUAGAAAUAACAGAA